AUGGACAAAGAGUCCGCAAUCCCUCCUGGAAGCUAUCUCUGGCCCUCGUCGCCCGACGGUGCUCCUCCCCAGUUCACCACUCCCUCCACGAGGGCCUUUAAACUCGAUGAGGGCUAUUCCGACGAGGCAAAAAGCCCAUCCUACCAGGAGAUAAAUCCAUUCGCCAACGAUGCGAUGCCUCCCCCCGACUGGAUCCUCGCGCAGAGCGAGCAGGACAGAGCUGAAUUCGCCUACAGAGUCUUACGCUCCCUGCGCAUCUCCACCAUCGCCCAGAUAGUCGACCGUCUGGACCCUCUCCUGCACAUAGACCCUGUUGUCAAACUUCCGCCCGAAAUAACAUCCGAGAUUUUCUCCUACCUCGACCCUCAAACUCUCUUAAUUGCGUCGCUGGCUUCGCGAACGUGGCGAAGCCGGAUAUUCGAUUCUCGUCUUUGGAGAGAGCUAUAUAUCAAUGAAGGAUGGCGCGUGGACGUCGAUGCGAUCCGGGACUCAGAACAAGAACAGUCAGGACUGUCGUCGCCCCGGGAUCGCAAGUCUCGUAUCAGGUAUGCAGACUCCGACGUCGGUGAGCCGAAGCUCAAAAAGCGAGUUCCCCCAUCAUGGCUGGAUUCGCGCGCAGAGUCGUCGACGAUCGUAGAGGCUGACAAUGAUGGGGACCAUCUCAUGAGCGACGAUGCAUCGCUGGUCCAAAACGACGAGCGCAUAACUAUACCGCGUCCGUUAACCCCAUACUCGCCCUUCAAAUCGUCCAUUUGGGUUCAAUUACCCAAUGGUACCGUUAAGAUCAACUGGCCGCAUCUUUACAAGCAGCGCAGGAGACUGGAGGAAAACUGGAAUAUGGCCCGCUACAAGAACUUCCAGCUUCCUCAUCCAUCGCACCCAGAAGAGUCUCACUUGGAAUGUGUUUAUGCCAUUCAGUUUGUCGGGAAAUGGUUGGUAAGUGGGAGUCGGGAUCGGACAAUUCGCGUCUGGGACCUGGAAUCCAAACGGUUACGCUACCCUCCCCUUGUCGGCCACGAAAAAUCAGUUCUCUGUCUCCAAUUCGACCCUAGCCCGUCUGAAGACGUCAUAAUAUCGGGCAGCAGCGACAUGCAUAUCUUCAUCUGGCGAUUUUCGACUGGCGAAAUGAUCAACCAGAUUCCGGCGGCCCACUUUGAUUCUGUCCUGAACCUCCGCUUCGACGAGCGUUACCUGGUCACUUGUUCCAAGGAUAAACUCAUCAAAAUAUGGAACCGUCGUGAACUCACAGCAGCCGAUAAGAACUAUCCUAGAUUUCACAAGGGACCCGGGGUUACGUAUCCGGAAUACAUUGUGGACACCAGCGAGUAUACACCGGAAACUCUCGAGACAGAUAUCGCAAAUGGUCGCAUUCAAACUCUACCGCCUUAUUCUCUUCUCAUGACACUGGACGGGCACCAGGCUGCUGUAAAUGCAAUCCAGAUGCAUGGUGAUGAGAUUGUAUCGGCCUCUGGGGAUCGCUUGAUUAAGAUCUGGGAUCUCAAGAGCGGGGCUUGUAAAAAGACACUCCUUGGCCAUGAAAAAGGCAUCGCUUGCGUUCAGAUCGACAGUCGGCGUAUUAUCAGUGGGAGUAACGAUGACACGGUCCGGAUUUAUGACCAUGUCUCGGGCGCAGAAGUUGCCUGUUUGCACGGGCAUCACAACCUAGUUAGAACUGUCCAGGCCGGCUUCGGCGACCCUCCGGGGGCUGACGAGACGCUGAGGCUGGAAGCCUUGGCAGUUGACAACGAAUUCCGGGAUGCACAGCGCUCUGGUGCAGCCGUUGAUCUUGGUCCACGUGCAUUUAGGCGUGCUGGAUAUCACCAGAAUGUUGCUGGUUCCAGAAGACCCCAGGAUAUCAAAGCCAUAGGUGCCAAGAUUCCACCUGGAGGUGGUGGGAGCAAAUGGGGCAGGAUCGUCUCAGGCUCGUAUGACGAGACAGUUAUCAUUUGGAAAAAAAAUCGUGAGGGCAACUGGGUUGUUAGCCAAAGGCUUCGCCAAGCGGAUGCUGCCGCCAGGGCUUCCCAGACACAUCAGAGUUACGGUGCUCGGAGUGUGGUUUCUCGACCAGCUAUUCAUCAUCAACCAACACAAGUAGUCCAGGUCCCCCGUCCACAACCCCUAGUUGCCCAUUUUAAUGGCCAACAAGCACCCCGGAUGCCGCAGAACCAGGUAAAUUCACAGCCUCAAGACAACCAACCUGCGAACGACCAGCCAGGAACCCCGGGCAACCAAACGCCUCCCCAACCGGGCCCGGCCACGGUUGUGGUUAACGGGCAUCAGUCUGCAGCCCACAGAGUCAACGCAAUUCCACCCGCAGCUCACCAAGCCCACCAAGUCCGCCUGACCCGACCAGUCAAUAUGCAGCCAACGUCCAGAGUCUUCAAGUUGCAGUUUGAUUCCCGGAAGAUCAUCUGCGCCAGCCAAGACCCAAGGAUCGUCGGAUGGGACUUUGCAUGCGACGAUGAAGAGCUCAAUGAGGCCAGUCAGUUUUUUACUAGUUUAUGA